CAGAGUUACCAUGAAUUUGCCCCUUCGGCUUCAGCCUUUUGGAGAAACCGGAACAUUUGUUCUGUGCCCAAAUUUGGAGGUGGGAUCAUGUUAGAAUAGAGCUUGUGUCAUAUACAGAAAGAAAAAAAAACAAGUCAUGCACCUGCUUUGAUUAAGUCAACAGGAGGUAAACGCCCAUCCAGAUCACAUUAGAUGAGAGAUCACUGCAGAAGAAGAACAUCCUCUGCGCUCUUUCUCUUGUGAGUGUCCUGCUUUUCCUUCAACCUUUUUCCAGGAAACUCAAGCUAGAAGACACAAAUUCUAAAAGAGGCGUCCCUCAUGGCUCCAAACGGCGGAUUCUGUUUCUUUAUUCUUAUCAUGACCUCUGCAGCUUUAGCUCAGCCUCCAGACCUGACCGUGGACGACAAAACUGUCAAAAAACUGAUGAUGAAAUGUCAGAGCAAAGGAUUCCCAUUGCCUCCGAUGUCGCUGCUGAAUAGUGUCUUCAAUAGCAGCGACUUGAUUGCAGUGGACAGAAGCGCUGAGCAGUCCAGUACGAUCCUGUCCAGCUUUCUACAAGUCUUGAAUUCGGUCACUCCAGGCAGAAAAAAUGACCCAAUGAGUCAACUCGCCCAAAUGAAUGAAAAAAUGACACACAGGAUGUUGAACUGCAGCCAUCUUUCAUUCAUGAUCCAAAAGAUAAGAAACUCAUCUGAUUCAUCAUCAUGUUUUCUGAAAGCUUUUGUGGCUCCUCUGUCGUGGACGGCUUUAAUAACCCAAAGGGCGAGCAGCAUCGACCCAGACAGCUACAACGCCCUGCUGUGGGCAGCCAGACCUGUGCUGGAGGAUGAACCCUCUGAAACGAUGAAGCUUCCCACCAAAGUAGAGGGCCAAAACAUGAAAAGCAUGAUGAACAUGCUACGGGAAGUCUACAAAUCCAUGACUGACAUUCAAAGGAGUCGAGUGCUCAACUGGGCAAAAGAUCAGAUCUUGGAGAAUAAUUUUAACUGUACGACGAGGCCGCCGACUGAUCCCCAAGCAAGCCUGAUGCUUUAUUGCAAACCAUCCCUCCAGUGGUUGGAUUCAGAGUCAUUGUCCAUCAUGGGGCCCUACAUCUCCCAGCUGAUGCCAGAGGAUAUUGACUUUUGCCCCAAACAUAAGCUUUGUGAGUUUUUCCUCUCAGCUCAGCUCAGAUCCAGCAUGUAUGGAGCAGCAGAGAUGGGACCGAGCCUGAGCAAGAAGUUCCUCCAAAGAAUUCAGGAGUGCUUCAGUGAAAAUGAGUUUCAACACCAUGUAGAUAAGCUUGGCCCACUGGCUUGUUAUUAUGAUGCUCCAGACUUGACCUCUGACCUCUGCCAAAGACUGCUUUCUCAACUUAGUAACUGUAAUUACACCCUAAACCCCAUGCUGAGGAAGCACCUUGUCAACUGCAUGAUGUCAAACUCCAGUGAUUCUGAAGCUCUGCUUCACCUGGGCAGUGGUGUUACAAUGCUAAGUCCUGAGCAGCUGUCUGCUCUCCCUGCGACCAACCUGAGUAAUGUGCUUCAACGCCUGGGCUUCGAUUUGAGAUGGACGACUGGUCAGCUGCUCACCAUCGUCAGGAACCAGCUGGGGGAUAAGAAGUGCGAAGAGGUGUCAGGUAAGGAGCUGCUGGCCCUUCAGUCGGUUGCAGCGGGUUUACCGACUUGCGCUCUCAAGAACGACAAAGUGGAGGAAAUCCUGACAGACAGAGAAGCUCUGAAGAACAUGUCCCAACAAAUGAGGAAGGGGCAAUUGAAGGCCAUGCUUCAGGGGCUGCUUGGAAAAAUGAAUCCCUCAGAGCUGGUGCAGAAGUUGCCAGGCCCGUUGCUUCGCAGCAUUUCUCUCAGCAACCUCAACAAAGCAAACAUCACCUCACUGGAGCAAGUGCAGAACAAAACCUGGAGUCGGUCACAGGCAGCUUACCUGGCACAGAAGAUGUUUAAACUCAAGCAGCUUCAAUUUCAGAGGCUGAAUUCAGUCCUUCAGGGUGUAACCUGUGAGAUGAUUGACAAUGUUUCAGACAGCAGUGUCAUGGAAAUGGCUCAGGCCAUAACAAAGACCCCACAGUGGCUCUCCAAAGUCCAGGCACGGUGUGCAGCCCAAAAACUGUUUCUAACUUUGGAAAAAGAGAGAUCCGAUUAUUUUAAAACCAUCACAGAACAGGAGCUGGAUGUGAUUCCCACCAUGUUGUUACUGCACUUACCGCCUUGGAAUGUGAAGGAUUUGCCUGACUCCACGUGCCGGGCGUUUCUUGACAAAAUGCAAACGGCUAACCUGAGCUCGCUGCCUCUUCAUGCUCCAUCACGGCCUGCAAUUACCCAGAGAGCCCUGCUUUGCCUCUCUAAUGGCAGAAACCUGUCAGAACUGACAAUCGCAGAUGUGUCCCGGCUUGGACAGCUUUUGUGCGAGGUGAAGCCUUCCCAAAUACAGCAAAUGGCUCCUGAUGUCAUCAAGUUCAGCCUCCGGACUAUGGCUUUCUGCUUUCACAUUGCCCAGCUCCACCGGCCAGAUCUGAUUCAGAUGGUCAACCAGACUUUUGGGAAUCCAUCUGAUUGGUCAGAAAAGACGAUGGAGUGUCUUGGUCCCCUCCUUCUUUUGGAUGAUAACACCACAUCCUUUUUACCCAAUAAACCUUGGAUGAAGGAUGUUCUCGUUUUCCUGAGGUCCCGCCUCCACUUCACUUCAGAUGUUCUGCAGAAGAAGCUGUUUGAUCUGACCACCAGCCCAUCCAGUGCUGCACGCAGAAAAAGAGGAAUUGCUGGUAGUGGAAGUGGCUCAGCCGUCAAUGCAAUAGAUCCCAGCGAGAAGUUGAUCGAAGAACUGGGAAUGAACAACGUCUACUGGACAGCACCAAAGCUGGAGACGAUGUCCAACAGCACAUUUCUGGCUGCCGUAGAAACCCUAGGAGCAAUACCUGGUUACAGUGCAGACCAGCUGCAGGUGCUCAGUCACAAAGGAGUUCAGGCUUUUGGUCCAGUAACUCAGAUGACAGAGAGAGAUGUUGCACGGUUGGGAUGUAUUACUCGGGGUUUCUCCGACUCCAACUUGGAGAAGCUUCCCUUUUCUCUGGACAUACUAGAGGGGAUCGCUCACUGUGGUUGGAACAACUCGCAGAUGACGUCAGUGUGGAAAAGUGUUGCUAAAUACAACAACCUGACAGUGCACAGGAUGGGAGCUGCAGAGAUGGUUGCACUGAACCGCUUCAUCUGUGGUCUGAACUCCAGUGAGAUCCGUCAGCUGAGUGUGGACGCCUUUAGGGACGCCGUGGGCUCCAUAGAUGCAGUUCAAUGCUCAUCUAACAUGAAAAAGCUGCUCAAGAACCUCACAGUGUCGGCAUUUGGAAAUCCAAGCACCUGGACUGAAGCGCGAGUGUCUGACUUACACAGCAUCAUUGCUGGGUUGGAUGCGGCUGAAAUGGCUUCUCUCAAACCGUCCGUCUUUGCUUUUCUGACUGAGAGCUGCGUCCCACAUAUUCCUCCAGAAAACUUGGCGGCACUGUCUGUUGCUCAGCUGGAGGCUCUCGGCCCCGACAACGCUGCCUUGCUGACCAGUGGACAGCGGGCAGUGCUGAGUGGAGACCAGCUGGCUGCAGUUCAAAGAGCUGCAACUGGUUCUACUGCUCCACCACAGAACUCUGCACAGUCUGAUUCUGGAGCUCCUGCUCUGAUGGGCGACGGGUUCUGCCUCCUGGUGAAGCCUCUCCUGCUUCUCAUCACAGGAGUCCUGCUGCUGUGAGAACCCAGUUCUCCCUUCCUGCUGCAAUCAAAGCACACGACACUUUUCCCUCCUCGUGCACUUAGAAUCUCAUCUCUAGACAUUUGUUGAAGACAGGUGAAGACCAGUUUUAGAUUGGAGGAAAGUGGUUUAGCGAUACAGUAGUGAUGUCAUUUUGUGAAUCAUAUCUUGUAAAAAGUUACAUUUAAAUUAAUUAUAAAAGUUGAAGCUGAAAUGUGUGUUGGGAUCUUUAAAAAUCCUCUUUAAGUAAAUAAAAUAAAA